AGUUAUAGAGACACGAUUUUAAACCAAUCAGCGCGCGUAUCUUCUUUGGGCUAUUUUCUAAUGGUUAUUUUGAUCUGGUGACUUUUUUCUUCACGGUGUAAUAAACUGGCAGCAUCCGGAGUUAGCAGCAUUUUCAGUUUUGACGCGGGAUAGGUAAGAAGUUACGCGCCGUCAAAAUGAAGGGAGUUGUCGCAUUUGUGCUUUGCUUAUCCGUUGCAAGCUGCGCUGUUCUGAAGUUUGAUGAAUACAAGCAAGAGUGGCAGGCUUGGAAAACAUUUCAUGACAAGAAAUACGAGACUGAUACCGAAGAAGAGGCUCGUUAUGCGAUUUGGAGAGAUAACUUGAGGAAAAUUCAACAACACAACUCCGAAAGACACUCGUACACCCUGGCCAUGAACCAGUUCGGUGACCUGACAGUCGAUGAAUAUCGUUUCUUCUUCCUGGGACUUCGUUCUCACUUUUCCGACAGAACAAAACAACAUGGGUCGUCUUUCCUUCCUCCCAGUGGAGUAACUUUACCUGAUACUGUUGACUGGAGAACCAAGGGAUACGUCACUCCUGUGAAGAAUCAGGGCCGUUGCGGUUCUUGCUGGGCGUUUAGCGCAACCGGAUCACUGGAAGGACAGCACUUCAAGAAAACAGGGAAACUCGUCUCCCUCAGUGAACAGAAUCUGGUCGACUGCUCCACAAAAUAUGGAAAUUUUGGCUGUUUGGGUGGAUACGUGGAUAAAGCGUUUGAGUACAUUAAAGACAACGGCGGUAUUGACACUGAGGCCAGCUACCCAUACAAAGCUGAAAAAGGGCGAUGCCAUUUCCUAAAAGCUGAUGUUGGUGCCACUGUGACGGGCUACACGGAUAUCCAAAGUGGAAACGAAUCUGCCCUUCAGUCUGCUGUAGCCACUGUCGGCCCAAUAUCUGUCUGGAUUGAUGUUUGGCACGAGUCAUUCCAUUUUUAUCACAAAGGAGUCUACAACGAGCCUGCCUGCAGUAGCACAUUUUUGAAUCAUGAGGUGCUCGCUGUUGGAUAUGGAACCUACGAAGGCCAGGACUACUGGCUGGUAAAGAACUCCUGGGGGACUAGCUGGGGAAUGGAAGGUUACGUCAUGAUGACUAGGAACAAAAACAACCAGUGUGGAAUCGCUACAAGGGCCAGCUACCCGCUAGUUUAGGCACCUUUAUGUGCGAUAGGAUUAAGGUUAUAUUCCUUAUAUAACAUGACGAAUUUAUGUCCUUAAAUAAUAUGUGGAAUUUUUCUCGCACUUUGAUUGGUCCCUACUUGUGAUCUAUUGGAGGACAGACGCAUAGAUGACGUUGCAAACAAUUUUUUGUGUUUCUUUAUUAUAUAAAACAAGUAGAUUCCAUGUUACCGUGCGUCUGUUCAGUAAUAGAUUACAGAUGACGUCAAAAUGUAGUAACAACCAAAAAGUGGCACACUAACUCGCCUAAGAACUCUCCUGCCACUUUUUUUUUAAGUUUUUCCACUUCUUGAAGUCAUCUGUGAUCAAUUACUGAACAGACGCACGGCAAAAUAGAAUCUAUUUCUUAAUUUGUUGCCAGAUUGAUACAAUGUUUUGAGUUUGUUGUUGUUGUUGUUUUUCAUUUAGUUUAUAUCAGGAGCCAUAAUCGGGGACGGAGA